AAAAAAAAUGGCGGAAAUGAUAUGAAUGAAGACAUCCCAGACGUUUCUUGUUUUGUUAAUUCAGAGGAAUUGAUUGAUGCCCAAUGUAAUAUAAAACUAACUCAUUGACAAGUUUUCCAUAUUAUUUAAUUGAGCGUUAUCUGUGAUAUUAAACACCUGAAAUGGAAUCUAUUGAUUUUACUGAAGCUGAGAUACAAGAGGAAUUAGCACGACUUGGAUAUCAGAAUGUACCUGAAGAAAAACUCAGAGACUUUAAAAGAGAUCUGCACAGACUUAUAGAACAAGAAAAAAGCAAAGAUUCAUCGCUGAACACAUGUCCUUCCUCUAGUGAACGUAGUCAAAGAACUGAAUUAUCAGGAGGUUUCAGAGAUCCUGUUUUAAGAGAGAGGGUCCGUGCAGACGAGCGACAUACUGAACUGGAGGAGCGAUAUAAUGGCUAUGACAAAUACGGGAAGGAAAAUCGUUUGACUGCUAGACAAGAGCCUGAUCUUGCCAGGAUGUCUCUGCCUAAAGGACUUGUCUACACUGGUGGGCAAUACUCACUGUAUGACGGAGUGGAUCCCAGACAACCUAGCCAUGAAUUACAAGAUGACAUUUCCGAAUGUGGAUCAGAAAGAAGAAUGGUGAAAAGGAAAGUGUUAAGGAAAACAGACAAAGGUUCCAAAUUUGUGGAUGAGUCAAUGACUGAAAGUGAAGCAGGGAGCAUUGCUGAUGCUAAUGAAUGCCUUCAGAGACUUGGUUUAGGAGACGCUAGUGACCUAGAUUUAUUGAGGCGUCCCAAGUCAUCUAAAGAUUACGCGCCUUACAGACUGUCACCUAAUGAUCCCCGGCCGUCUUCAGUUAUACUGAGACCAGCUGAACAUCCUCAUAUCAGGAACCUGAGGAAAUGUGACCCGGUGGCCCGGUUCCAGCAGUUCCAGCAAGUGUGGCAGACCCACAAGACACCUGGUGAAAAGGAUCACAAGGAUCUGAGGUGGAACAUCCGAGCACAGAUGCUAACUCAAGACACGUUUGAAAAGAAACCACAGAAAGUGUUUGUACCUAACAACUACCAGGUUCCUACGGAGAAGAAGCGGUCGUCUCUUCGCUGGCAGAUACGGACUGACAUUGCACAAGGCAACAUGCCACCUUGUGGUUUCUUCUGUGAAUACUAAGUGCAAUAUGUCCAGGCACAUUCCAAGCUAUCGUAGAAAUAAAUGUCAUAGAAUCAGAAGGCUCUUUUUAAAUGCACAGGCAAAGAAAACAUUAAUUAGCAUUGUCUGGUAUAUGAGAAACAGCAUUUUUACUAUAUCCAUACAUUCCAUCCAUCCAUCUAAGUUUCAACUUGCGACCAUCUAUUUUCUUUGUCAUGAAAUAAGUGUGUUCCCCAAUAAGUAGAGAUUAAACUGUCUAAAUCACUUUUGUUAUGAAGAUAUGGAUAUAAUAUAAUAGAUUAGGGACAUUUUAGGAUCUAUACAGCAGAAAUCAUAACAUUGAUACAGUUACAUGUGGAACCUUUGACAGUAAAUAGCUCUAGUAUCAAACAAUCUGAGCUGGACUUGUACAAAUAUUACACUGACCAAAAAACAUCAAAAAAUUUUUUUUUAAGAAAAGGAUGUACAUAAAUUAAUAUUUAUAGUACAGGGGUGGGACUUCUCCUCGGAUCAACUGUUUUCCUCUCAUGGAAUAUUGUGUUUCCUCGCAUUUUAAUUGUCCUUUCCUCCAAAAUGAGUCAGAUGGCACAGAUUUUAACCUAGGAUCUCAAGAAGUUCCAGGACCAUUCUAGAUUUCCUCUUUUACAGUUCACCAAUUCCGACCCCUGAUAGUGAGAAAACUUGAAAAUACUAUAGGUUGCACAUCACCAUUCACUUUUGCAUAGAUUUCAAUACAAUUUCUAUAUCGGAAUAUAUUCGGAGACAACUUGUAAAAUAUUGAGGGCUACAUGACUGCUAGUUUUAGGAAUUACAGUCACUUGGUAACUACCAUUAAAAAAAAAUACAGGGUAAUUAAAAACAAAUGGGAGUUGUAAAGGUGGCAGCAUACCAGAUGCACAGUUGUUAUCAUUUAGUAAUAAAAAUAAUAAGUGACUUCCAACCAGCGAGUUAUUUAACCCACUGACUACUGCAGGCGAGAUAUCCCGCCUGCAGUCACACAAGUCAACAUGCUGUACACUGUAUACAGUGCAUUCCCCAAUUAAUAUUUCCCACCAUUUUGCAAACAGCACUCAUCAGAAAUAAUAAGACCAACAGGAAAUAUAUUAAUUGAGAAUAUGGUAGCUUUAGUUUUUUAUUUUUCAAUGGAAAAUACCUGAAAAGUUUAAGUUAAAAAAGCUGAUUGUGACUACUAAUUUGAUAAUACAUUUGACUGUUUUACCAACCGUGAAAUAUUGGGAUAUGAAUCGUAGUUCACUUCCCAAAAAAAUUCUGGUCAGAAAAACAGUUAAUGGGAAUAAUGGACAUAAGUAAAUGUGGCUUUUUCUUCUUUUUUUGGCUCAAUUUUAAUC